GCGUGAAUACAUACAAGAUUCCAAUGCGGUUUUAUAUGUCAUGUUUUGUGUACCUUACCACUGAAAUUGUGAUAUUUAUUUUUGGUAGUGCUUUUUUUUUGCUGUUUGUACAAGCACAGGUAUAGAGGAAUUCAAAACAUUACGACAUGAGUGUUAAGAACGAUUUUGUAAUGUAAUUAACUGUAUGACGUUCUUCUGGCAGUUCAUAAAGUGUUUGUCAGAAGAAGAUCGAAGUCGAGCUUCGCGUUCGUGUAAUAUUAAAAACUAUGCUGACCAUAAAGAUGAUACCGGGAUCAGUACGCAAAGAGGGGCGUCAAAGCAACGGAAAUAGAACACUUUAUAUGCAUAACUAUAGAAGGCACAAUUCAGCAUGAAACAAAGCGAAAUCCCGGACAUUUCUGGCAUUUAGGUCCCGAAAGAGAGGCCGUUAUGAUCACCCUAAUCAAAACAAUUUCGGCCAGUCGUUUCGCCGUCAUACAAUGCGAGGUACCAGGAGGUACAUCGGCGAUUUUAUACAUAUACGCCGGAUUCAAUAAUUAGUUUUAUAAUGUUUUUCCUCCAUACUGCUCUAUGGUGUGAAUCACCGUCAUGUGCCCGUGAUCGGAUCGUGUUCGAAUCCCAGGGCCGGCAGGGACUGAUGUCGCCGCUGGGCCUCCAGUUGCUCCAGGGUUGUUGAUAUCUUGUUGCCAUGUCUUUAACUCAUGCGUACGCUGGGGCUUUGUACGGUGGCCUAGAAGUACCAAAAAACUUUGAGAAACCUUGAGAAAAACGCAAGAACCUAAAGAAGAUAAAAUAAGCAUUGUAUACGUUUUGUGUUCAGAACUCCGAUUGUCGGGGUAGUGAAGAUGGGGUCUCAUGAGGUCCUUCUACAAGGUACCUUGGCAAUGAGGGAUGACAGGAACAUGAGCUUUCACUGCCCAAACGGUUCGGUGUGGGUGUGGGUCGGACUUGGGGAGUGUGCCCAGGAUGCUCGAGACAUGGCUAGUGUCUUCCUGGGCCUACUGUCCAUUGUCUGCUUCAUGGUGUCUCUUGGGCCGCAGUGCUACAAAUCAUAUCGCACUGGGAAUAUGGAUAGUGCCCUGUCUAUCUGGUUCCUUCUGCUGUGGCUAGCUGGUGACAGCUGCAACCUAAUUGGCUCCUUUCUAGCCAAUCAACUGCCAAUUCAGUGCUACACAGCGGUGUACUAUGUGCUGGCUGACCUGACAACACUGGCGAUGUACAGUUAUUUUAAGGCAAAGAAUGCUGGAUUUAGCAGAAGGCUCCUGCUGAAUUCUGUGGGGGUCCUCAGCCUGGCUGGAGUCUCUGCCUUCUCUUUCCCAGUGGCCAGCCCACAGGUUGACAUUGUACACCAAGGGUUCAAAGGUCGAUCUCUGCUGUUUGUUCAUGAAGACAGCAGCUCCAUAAAGCCCUUCGACACUAAGGAGAUCAUUGGCUUUACGGUUGGCUCAAUGUCGUCAUUGCUGUACCUGUCUUCAAGAAUUCCACAGAUUGUCACCAACUUUAUCAGGAAGUCAACUGAGGGGGUGUCCUACUUCCUGUUUGCUCUGGUAAUCCUGGGAAACACCACGUAUGGGCUGAGUGUGUUGCUGAAGAACCCUGAUCGUGUCCAAGGGGAGGGGGAGGCUAGCUAUAUGGUCCACCAUUUGCCCUGGCUCAUUGGCAGCCUUGGAACUCUCUUCCUUGACCUGGUCAUUACUGUGCAGUUCUUGAAGUAUCGCAGAUCUCCAGUGCUGGCAAAACCAGAUGAAAGGGCUCCUCUCCUGGAGAACAUAUAGUAUCUGCAGCAUAUAGCCAAGUGUGCUGAACUGGCCCAUACACACACCAGAGGAAAUGCACAAUUUUGUUUUUUGUCGUUGUGGUAUGAUAAAUACUUCUCACACGCACAGUACUAUGACCAAAAUAAAAGACGGAUGUUGGCAAGAAGUUAACCUCUAUGACAGAAUAAGCACUGAAUGCAGUGUGAGUGAAUUUUACGGUGCUCCCCAUGUUCUUUGAUAUCAAAAACAACUUUAUAUAUAUAUAUAUAUAUAUAUUAGGUUGCCAAUUAAACGUUCGUAGUUACAGACAAUUCAGAAUGUAAAAAUUCAUUUUAUUUAUCCACAUAGAUAAUUAUACCAGUAAUUCAAGUCUGUAUGUUGUGUUUUUAUAAGGAUUUCCAUGUUCUUUUGCACAUACUUGGAUUAGUAUUUAGUACAUGACACAUUGCCAUGUGGCAUCUGAGGAAAUUGGCAUCAGUGGGAAAUCAGUGCUACGUAUUCGGUUUGUCUCCUUUUAUCUCAGUCUGAGCGUUUAGAAAUCACUCCUAAAUCUAGAAUCCUUUAUGUAACUGAAACUGGUGCUUAAUGUAUUUGAGUUAUUGUUCCGUGACUUUAUUUUUUAAUAGUAUGAACUUUGAAACUUUUAAUAUACUCUAAUUUUGUAUUUUUAAUUGUUACAGACGCUCAGGUUUCAGGUGUGUUUUUAAAUUUCGUGCAGGACUGUGGCCAUAUUCUCUUAUCUUCCUCGUCUCUCAGUUGUUCUCAGUUAUGCAGGUGACCUAUGAUGGCAGCUGUGUCCUCAAUUUGUUUCCCCAUUAAAAUGCACUUUAAUCAGG